GCAAGAAAGAAGUAUGGGUGCAACAAGUAAAGCUUCUUGGAUGGUGGCAGCAAGUAUUGGUGCAGUUGAGGCCUUGAAAGACCAAGGUGUUUGCAGAUGGAACUAUCCUCUAAGGUCACUUCCCCAGCAUGCGAAGAACAUUAUUAGAUCAUACUAUCAAGCCAAGAAACUCUCAGCUCAGUCUUCCACAUAGAGCUAA